UUCAACAUCCUUUGUAGAGCUAUCAAAAUCUUUGGUCUAAUCCGGGCGGCUUAUUUCAAUUUUGUCAACGGAGAGUGUACCUACACAAGAAAAUUUGAUCUGCAACAUAAUAAUUUACAUCGGUUAGUAACUUGUGAUCCACCGAAGAAACGCAAAACAAAAAAAGCAAAAAUGGCAUCAGCACCAGUUUAUUCCGAUGGAAAACAAAGCAUGUACCCUGUUCUUGUACAACCCUCAGUACCCCUUGCUCGUGAACCUACUAGGACAACCUGUCCAAGCUGUCAUGCUGAAAUUUUAACCACUGUCAGCAAUAUGGCAACAACGAAAACUCACUUGAUCGCAUUCUUAAUGUGCAUUUUAGGAUGUUUUUGCUGCUGCUGCAUUCCAUACUGUAUGAAAUCCUGCACCAAUCAAAAACACACAUGUCCCAACUGCAAGGCGUACAUCGGAGAACACAAAAAUUAAUUUUUUUUAAUCAAAUUAAAAAAGUUAUAAGUGAAAAACAUUUUAAACCUGAAAGCAUUUAUAUGUACUAAGCUACACAACCAAAAGGCCGCCUUUAACAUUUUAAUGCGGAACGCAGCCUUUUGGUGAAAAGGAGUUAAUAAGAGAAAUUAUAAAUAUAUAUAUAUAUAUCUUUACAUGUAAUGUUUUAUGUUCUAAAUAAAGAGCUAUUUUAGCAAAAUAAGAAUAUGAAAUUAACGUUAAACCUCAAUUGUUGGGCUGCGUUCCUCAUUUAAAUGUAAAAGUAGUAUUUUUGGUUGUGGAGCAUAGUACCAUUUUCAAAGUUUAUUUGUCUGUUUGUAAUACAAACUUUGUAUACAUACCUAUGUCACAAAAAAGCAUAUAUACUCAUAUACAGUAAGCAUACCAAACAAAUUUACUUUAAUAUUUUUUUAAAUAAAAUAUUAAGCACAGUUACAAG